AUGAAAUUCGAUGAGAAAGAUGGCAUCGAAUACGCUGCCGUCACCGUCCAGCUCCCCGGAGGCGAGAGGGUCCCUUUCCUCUUCACGGUGAAGCAACUCGUUGCUUCUGGAAAACCGGAGAGAUUCAGCGACGAGUUUUUGGUUCCCAGAGGGGAUGAGGAAGAGCUGGCGAAGGAGAAUGUCAAGAACGCGGCGGCGUCGAAGGGGAAGAUUACAUUGACCGUGACCAAGAGCAAGCCGGAGACAGGGGAGGAGGUUUGGUAUGCUCAGCUUGAUUAA